CACAGCGUAGACUUUAGUUUAUUUUGUUACCUAUAGUGAUGCACACGCACUUUUGUUAAACAAUUUUUGACGUGGUGAUUAUGUACAUUUGUAGUUGACGCAAAAAAGCGAUCGUUUUAGAAAAAUGGGCUGUAUAUAUUUAGUGCUUUUCGUUAUUAUCGCCAUAAUCAGCAAUGCCUCCAGUAAACCCAUUAUGGUGACAUUCGGUACAAAGCAGGGUCCCAUCGUGCCACCAACUCCAACAACGACACAUCGCGUACCCCCACAAGACCUCAAACAACCCGCACCUGUCUCUGAACAAGUCAACGACAUACCGAAUCCAUCAACCUACAAACCUGCGGUACCCUUACAGUACCGUCAAAAAUUAUUGGGUUACAAACCUCACCCGAAUCUGAUACUCGGUACAGCCACCGAUCAGAAGUACUUUGGCAGCUCGAACAAGUUCAACUCGUACAAGCGCGAGCAGGCCCGUGCGCUUGGUUUGGAAUACUCCGGUCCGCAAUACUUCGAAGUGCAACCGUACGAAUUGGAACGUGAACAGAAACGCAUACUUUACAAAACCCAAACGCAGCAGUACAUCCAGCCCAGAAACGACUACUGGAGCGGCAGGGACGUACCCCAAAUAGGCGUCGUUUAUUCCUCGGGUGUUAAAUACUACGUACCCGAUAUUUUGUUAACAAACGACGCUUACAGUGAAAACGACGUUUAUGGUAAAAACGAUUUCAAGUAUCAGUAUUACCAAUAAUGACACUCCUCGGCCAUAUUUUUUAAAUUUGUACAUUUUUUAGUUAAUCUCAGCACCACUUCUAAGUGGCGCUGAUGUACAUAAUUUUAAUAAUUUAUAAUAAAACCGUUUUAUUUAUU